AUGCCUGCGACCCUGCUCUGUGGCCGACGUUUAAACAAUCCUAAAAGGAGCUUCUCAUUGUGUCACGAGGGCUUUGAGGCUACUGGCUUUAGCCCUGAGCUGGUAAUAUCAGUUGAUAAUGGGAAAGUUACCGCAGAACCAUUAGCCGGCACCCGAUCAUGCAUCGGAACGGAGGCUGAAGCAUUAGCCCAGGAGUUACUUAAUGAUCCCAAAGAGAUUGUCGAACACGUGAUGUCUGUCAAAGAAUCGAAACGUGGUAGCGUUCAGCAUCUCGGAUCCCGUGUGACGGGAGAUCUAUCUCCCGAUAAGUAUAUAUGGGACGCUUUUAACGUUGCAUUUCCGUCCAUAACAGCAUCUGGUAUCCCAAAGCAGGCAGCUAUUGAAGCCAUUCAGCGCCUCGAGAAAAAACCAAGGGAGCUCUAUGCAGGAGCUGUCUUUAUGUUGGAAGAUACAAAGUCCUUCGAGGCUGCGCUUGUUCUCCGCACUGUAUUCCAAGAUAGGCAUCAUCAGUGGAUUCAAGCGGGAGCUGGGGUUAUUUCGCAGUCACAUCCGCAGCGGGAACUGACCGAGACGAGGGAAAAAAUGGCGAGCAUUGCCCCAUUCGUAGUUGCAGAGGCCAGAAACUAA